UGAAUCUCAUUUGUCAGGACAAAAUUGUCUUACUCCAGGAUGAUCUAUCACCUUCCAAACCAACACAGAGCCUGAAACUGCUCCAGCUUGGGUGAAUAAAUCAUUCCCCUGAAAAAGGAAUAAAGAAGAAGAAGAGGAGGGGGAGGAAAAGUCACUCUAUCAACAAAAGACAAGAACAACCAAAAAAGUCUAAAUUGGCGCCUUUGUGGACUAUUGGAUAUAUUGUCCCCUCUGAAAUCCAGAAGAAAAAGGAAUAACAGAGAAAAAGUAAAGGAGAAAAGAAGGGAAAGGGUUCCAUUGUAAAACCAACCAAAAGAGGAUGUUGGUGUCUGUUGCAUCCACUCAGAUGCAAAGAAAAGAAGAAACAAAAGAAGGAGAUUUAAAGCUGAAAAUAAAGAUUGAGUAACAAAAGAAAACUGCAACCAAGUGUCUGGUUUUGCUUUUUUUCCCAUCCAAAUCCGGAAAAUAAAAGGAGGAAUAAAGCAGAUAAGAAGAAGAAGAGGACGUUUUUCUGUCACUCUAUUAAUGAUCAAGAAUGUUGUAGACAAACUAUGUGAACAUCACUGCCUCAAGUCCGGAUAAUAAAUUAUUCUGAAAGACAGGGAAGAAAACAAUGACAGGGGUCUGAAUUUGCAGUGUGCAGACAGGAGCAGGAAAAGUUCAAGGACCAAACGAAAAAGUCAAAGGAAGCUACAGAAACACAAGACUGACGAUUUAAAAGUGAGGGAAUAAAAAGCAUAACGGGGGGAAAAAAGUGGAAAAGAGAAAUAUCUGAUAUAAGGGAGGAAAAAGGAAGACAAGAAGGUUUAAAGUGAAUACAGAGAAGAAACGGAAUAUUCAAAGGGGGGAGGCAAAAAGGGGAGAAAAGGAUGAAUCGAGAGGGAAAGAAGAAGUAAAGAGAAAACAAGGACGUAUCAAAAGAAUAGGGAGGCCUAAAGAACAAAAGUAAAAACAAAAAAAGGGAGGACUGAAGGAGAAAGAAUCCAGAAAAGGAGGGGGAAACAGUUUAAAAGGGGAAAUCAAGAGUAAAGAACCAGAAGGUGUGACCAUGAGGCUCCCGGUGCUUCUUGCAGCUCCUCUCUCCAUCCUCAUUCUCCACAUCGCACCAGCAACCUCGGCAGGCAGCGUGGCCCCGAGCCGGCUGGAGCGUUGGGUCCGCUCAGGCCUCCAGUCGCUGCAGUGGGACCAGCUGGACCGAUGCCUCCGCAUGUCCUCCCUCUCUGAGGCUGAGUGCAGGCGGCUCGCCCACCUGCCACUGUCCGCCGUGGCUGUUUACGUCUCGGAGCCACGCACAGCUGCAGGAAACUCAGACAAAGUUCUGGCCAUCCUGCCGGACUCCUCAGGUGGGAUGGUGAGCUCAAAACUGCGGGGCGGUUUCAGCGUCAGCCAGGUGCUGAAUGGAGGGGAAGGUCCCCCCAGGCAGCAGCAGCCUUUCCCCGGCUCCACAGCCCAUGAUACCAUUUUGGUGCUUGAUCCAAGCCCUGGGGAGAACUUUGGACACCCGGUGGUCCUCUUUUACGUGGAUGUGAAUGUUACGAAGAAGAGGUGCUCCCAUAUGGAUGGUAUUUACCUGGGUGAGGAGUGUUUGACUCUGGCUUUGAAGGGUCGUUGUCAGAACCAGCUGAAGCGUCGGCAAGCCGGGUCAGAGAGGCUUGUGGGUAAUGGACAUGGACGGCUGCGUAGUGGUGCCAUUACCACUAGUGGUGGAAGCCGUCUGGGGGAGCGUGCCGUUGGAGGGCUCUGUGAAGUCCAUUUCCUUCCACUGGUGGUCGGAGUCGGAGACAGCAACCGAACACAGAGACUCAGAUGUGUUGACCAUGCAGAGUUUGCAAGGUGCCCUCAGCCACUGCCAAUGAGCUCUCCCAGUUUGCCCGUCUCAAGCUGUGAACUAAAUAAAAACACCAGACGCUGCCAUCAGCAGCCGUUGGCCACUCACCUCUCCUGCCGACUCUACCAGACCUGUGACCAUGCUGUGCUCAUCUCAGGCGGCUGGCAGCAGCAGAUGACGUUCCAGCGCCAUGUUCAGAAUCUUCAGAAUUUCCACAGGAUGCUGCAAAACAAUGGCUUCCACAACGAUCACAUCAAGACCUUCUUCGCCAGCAGCGGACAGCUUCCUGAGGAAGUAGAGGGUGUGUACUCGGCAACGGAGAAAGCCGUGAUUCGCAACCACGUGUCGUACAUCUGCAGGAAGCAGCACUGUGCCGACACGCUGGUUCUCUAUCUGAACUCGCCAACACGCAACGACGGUACCAUGCUGCUGUGGGACGCCAACCUCAACGGCAUUGCUGAUCUGAAAGAGCGAUACUCAGUGAACGAGCUGCUGGCCGACCUGGCCGGCUGCAAGGCGACUCGAGUUUUGCUGUUUGUGGAUCAGAGCUACAGUGGUGUUCUGUCCAAGAGGCUGCGAGGGUCCCAGAAACACCUUAACGUGGUUCUGAUCCAGAGCCAGACACGGCAGACCCACAGCCACCAGAGGUUGAACUCUGGCUGGGAGGACAGCAGCUGGUCCUACAUCAGCCCUGCGACCUGUCUGCUGGACCACCUGGGAAAGGGUCCUGGGAUGUCUCGCCUGCUAGAGUCAUGGGCCGGCUUUUUAAACGUGACAUUGGCAGGAGCCCCCUGCAACGCCACACCACCUCUGACGGAUGGCGAGAUGCGGCGAGAGUACCAGGGCUGCCAGAACCUGCCAACUGCGCUCUGGCACCAGAAACACAGGAGGACCAACUGAGGAAGAGAUAAUUAGACUGACUGGGAAGGAGAGAGAGAGAGAGAGAGAGAGAGAGAGAGAGAGAGAGAGAGAAAGAGUGCAAAACAAACACACACAGAGACCAUACACAAGCUUAUGCAUUACACAUAUGCAUAUUUGCAGGGGUGUUACCUUAGGACUUUAUUCUUAGGACUUUUGUUUCAGUGUGCAUGGUGGAUACUGGUGUGUAUGUGCUUUCUGUCCUAACUCAGACAGUAACCAUAACGAUUACAGCUCAUCCCAACGGGAGUGUCCUGGACGCCAUGUGAACCACGUGUGUCCGUUUGUGAGUUCAGCUAGAGGACAACUACUCUCUGAGACCAUUGCUAGCUUACGCUCGGGUCAGUUUGUGUGAGUGUGUGUGUGUGUGUGUGUGUGUGUGUGUGUGUGUGUGUGUAUGUGUGUCUCCUGGGCUCUUGAACAUUUCAGACCCGAUCAUCUAUCUCCAUUUUUAUCUUUUUGACAGUUAUUUCUUCUUCCUUCUCUUCUUUCUUUCUUCUUUUCCUCUUCACUCUGUCCUUUCCUCCCACCUUACCUCUCUUGAUCUCCUCCGCUAACUCCUCUCUACUUCCUUUCAUUCCUGCCUUCUUCUUUCUUUCUUUGCUUGAAUCCCUCAUUUUCUUUCUUUCUCUCCCUCCUCCCACACUCUUUCUUAAAUUUCUCUCUCUAAUCAACACCACUCCCUACCGUUUUUCUCAACUUCUUUCUCCGUUCAUCAUCCUUUUUUCCCCUUUCCUUCUCUUGUCGCCCUUUCCCCCCCAUUUUCCUCUUCCUUUUUGGUGGUCAGUUACUCUUUUCCUUGUACUGACAGUGUUUGAAAAAGCUGAAUACUGGAAUAAUUUAGUCACAUUACAUCAGAACUGACAAAACACAAGAUGAGUUUUCAUCGAUGCGUUACAUGCAUUUAGAGUUUGUGCACAAGAAAACCUGAGCGAAAACUGUAUUCACAGUUACAAACCUUAACUUAAGGUCCACUUGCUAGCUUUUACCCACAUCUCACAGUUAAAAGCUCCUGAAUGUAUUUAUUGUUUUGUCUUUCACACUCAGUACUGACAAUUGUUUUGGAGAGUAGGUUCACACAUGUAGCUUCUUGACCCAAACAGCUGCUGCCUCUUCUCAGACGUCCAUUCAGUACAUCAUAUUUGCAAAACAGAACUAUCAUUUGUGUCAUCCAAACUUGUAGUUUAUACUUCUCUUAAAAACCCAAUGUUGAAUGAUAUUUUACUACUAUCACAACUUAAGUCCGAAUCGUCCAAAACACAACAUAUACGCAACAUACUAAAGGGGACGUAUAUGAACAUUUCUUAUCUGAUGCUCCUGUGAACAUGUUCACGUUCAGGUAAAGUUAUUACUGCCAUGUUUUAAAGAAAGGACAUAAACUCUGGUCCUCAGCCAAACAACCAAAUGUCAAACAUUUCAGUCAGCUUCUGAAGACAUUUGCUACUGAACAAGAUUUAAUUUAGCAACAUGGCAAAUAACCUGAGUGAUGAGACAACUACACAGGGUUUAAACAAAUCCCCAGUUGGACUCAAUAAUCUAAACCACAUCAUAAAAAUGAACACAGGACAUUUUUCACGGUUGCCCUGUGGUCUCUUUUCUAGUAGUUGUAUGUAGUAGUAAGAUGACUGACAGGAAUGACGGUCAAACCUACAAAAAAAAUGUACAUUUUACAUUAAAGCAAAGUGGUGUCUGAAGUCAGGAAAUUUAUUUUUAAGAUUUAGAGAUGGAGGACUUCUUAUGCCUCUUAACCUGAGGAAGAGGGAAAGAGAGAGAGAUACUGAGACAGCCAGGAAACAAGAUACAGAAACUGGUUGGCAGUGAUCAUGAUUAAGAUAUGAAGCACUGAGACUGCCCUCACUGCUACACAGACUGGUUAUGGCAUUUUAAUAAGGGCACAACUUGUGUGUGUGUAUGUGUGUGUAUAUAUGUAUAUGUAUGCGUGUGUGCUCAAACACAUGAAAGAUGCACACGUUCUAAUAUUAACCCAUCCCUUCACUAACAACGUACAUGUCGUCCUCUACUUUUGGUGGUACUUUGUGAUCUUUGUCUGUAUGUUACCUCCUGUCUUUUCUUCAUCUGAGUACUCAUAUAUACCACAGCCCAGUGUGCAUCUCCCUGCUGGGUUUUGUACUGAUGUCUGUUGUUGGACUUAUGUACUGAUGGAAGUUGACUGGAAGAAGAAAUGUCCAACUGUGUGGGAUGUUUUUGGACCAGAACAAGAUGACAUGUGCAUAUUCACAGUUUGUGUAAUGAUCUGUACAGAGUACAAGAUGUAAUUUAGCAUAAAUGUUUAGUUGCAUGUAGCAGAUCACAAAAUCUAGUCAAUAAAGUACUUUUGGAAACCA